AUCAUUUCAUUUGAAACAAACACGCCUCUCUCUCUCUCUAAUGGCGACGUUGCUUAGCAAGCUGAGAAGGGCGGUGGAGAAGAUCAAGUUUCUGCUUAAUUUGAGCGUGAAUAGAUGGAAAGUGGCGUUGGUGAUAAGCAAGAGAGGGCUGAGCUUCAGCGACAGGUCCGGAUUGAUGGCUUGUGUGGAAGAUUCGGGCUCUGAUGAGAGCCCGGGAUCGUCGAGGGGGCUACGAAGGACCACCGGUUACUCGUCGGAAGAUGAUAUUGAUAAGAGAGCCGAUGCUUUUAUUGCUAAUUUUUACAAGCAGCUUCAGUUCGAGAGGCAGAUUUCGCUGCAGCUUAGGUAUUGUAAAGAGAAUUCUUCUUCAUAACUCAACCCCAAAUUCAAUUUUAUUUAUUUUUUCUUUAUAAUAAAUCAUUGAAUAAGAUCUACUGUGAUGUGGUGGAGAUUUGAGUUUUUAUGAAAAUAUUUCCAUCGAUUGAAAAUGAGAGAAUUGUUGUAACUAUUUUGUUAAUACAAGAUCUUUAUUGUUGUAACUA